AUGUCUGCCAGCCCAUCCCCCUCUGCCGGUGGCGAUAGCAAGCCCACCGAUCAAAUUCACUUUCGAUUCUGCCGCGAAUGUUCCAACUUGCUCUACCCGAAGGAAGACCGCAUCAACAACCGGUUGAUGUUCACCUGCCGAACCUGCCAUGUCGGCGAGCCCGCAACCUCCUACUGCGUUUACCAAAACAAGCUCAGCACUCAAGUCGGAGAUACCGCUGGUGUGACCCAGGAUGUGGGAUCUGAUCCUACGCUUCCUCGUUCCAACAAGCUCUGCCCGAGCUGCGGCGAAGCCGAUGCAGUCUUCUUCCAGUCGCAACAGCGUUCCGCAGAAACGGGAAUGAAACUCUACUACGUCUGUUGCGCGUGCGGCAAUGUUUUCGUCUAA